AUGUGCCUAAGGCGGCUGUUGCAGUCUGCACAGCUCCAGCAAGCUUGGAGGGCGGUCUUCGUGAAACAUGUCCAGGGCAGGCACCAGGGAGCCUGGCGAUGGACACAUUCUGGAGGCGGCACCUACAGAGCAGUGAUUUUUGACAUGGGCGGAGUUCUCAUUCCUUCUCCAGGGAGAGUGGCUGCAGAAUGGGAGGUACAGAAUCAUAUCCCUUCUGGAACUAUAUUGAAGGCCUUGAUCUCAGGUGGCGAAAAUGGGCCCUGGAUGAAAUUUAUGAGAGCAGAGAUAACAACAGAGGAGUUCCUACAAAAAUUUGGGAGACUUUGCUCUGAAAUUUCAAAGACCUCCAUGCCCGUGGACUCCUUUUUCUCUCUGCUGACCAGUGAGCGAGUGGCGAAGCAGUUCCCAGUGAUGACUGAGGCCAUAACUCAGAUUCGGGCUAAAGGCCUUCAGACUGCAGUCUUGAGCAAUAAUUUUUAUCUUCCCAAUGGGAAGAGCUUUUUGCCCCUGGACCGGAAACAGUUUGAUGUGGUUGUGGAAUCCUGCCUGGAAGGUGUCUGCAAGCCAGACGCCAGGAUGUACAAGCUGUGCUUGGAGCGGCUAGGCCGGCAGCCUUCUGAGUCCAUCUUUCUGGAUGAUCUUGGACCGAAUCUAAAAGCAGCUGCCAGCCUUGGUAUUCACACCAUUAAGGUUCAUGACCCAGAGACUGCAGUAAAGGAACUGGAAACUCUUUUGGGUUUUCCGUUGAGAAUGGCUGUUCCAAACACUCGCCCUGUGAGAAAGACGAUGGAAAUUCCCAAGGACUCCUUGGAGAAGUACCUCAAAGACUUACUGGGGACCCAAGCCACAGGCCCACUGGAACUCCUUCAGUUUGAUCACGGGCAGUCAAAUCCCACCUACUACAUCAGGCUGGCUAAACAUCAGCUGGUUCUGAGGAAGAAACCGCCAGGGACGCUGCUCCCAUCCGCGCAUGCAGUAGAGAGGGAGUUCAGGAUAAUGAAAGCCCUUGCAAAUGCUGGAGUCCCUGUCCCCAAAGUUCUUGACCUCUGUGAGGAUUCAAGGGUCAUCGGCACCCCCUUCUAUCUGAUGGAGUACUGCCCAGGCCUCAUCUACAAAGACCCCUCUCUGCCAGGGUUGGAGCCCAGCCAGAGGCGGGCCAUCUACACUGCCAUGAACAGAGUCUUGUGCAAGAUUCACAGUGUGGACCUCAAGGCCGCAGGCCUAGAAGACUAUGGGAAACACGGGGACUAUAUUGCACGCCAGGUACAGACAUGGAUCAAGCAGUAUCGAGCCUCGGAAACCAGCACCAUCCCGCCAAUGGAGAGGCUCAUCGAGUGGCUGCCCGUCCACCUUCCCAGGCAGCAGCAGACCACGGUGGUGCAUGGGGACUUCAGGCUGGACAACCUGCUAUUCCAUCCGGAAACGGCCGAGGUGCUUGCCGUCCUUGACUGGGAACUCUCUACCUUAGGCGACCCCCUUGCCGAUGUGGCCUCCAGCUGCCUGGCUCACUACCUGCCGUCCAGCUUUCCCAUUCAGCCAGGUUUGCGUGACAGUGAUCUGACUGAGCUGGGAAUCCCUACUGCAGAGGAGUAUUUCAGGAUGUACUGUCUUCACAUGGGGAUCCGUCCCACUGAGAACUGGAACUUCUACAUGGCUUUCUCCUUUUUCCGCAUUGCCGCAAUCCUGCAGGGAGUCUACAAGCGCUCACUCACAGGGCAUGCAAGCUUGGCUACUGCAGAACAAACUGGAAAGCUGACUGAAUUUAUGUCUAACCUGGCGUGGGAUUUUGCAGUCAAAGAAGGGUUCCGGGUUUUCAAGGAGAUGCCAGCCACCAAACCAUUAACAAGGUCCCACCACACACGGGCCAGGCCACAGUCCCUGCCGAGGACCCCAGGCAUGAGGAGUUAUGUCACCUCGACAGACUCUUCCCCAGCUCAUGUCUCAAAGGGAGCUCUGGUCUUCUCUCCAGAAGGCCUUUCCGCACCGGUCAGGGAGCUGUAUCAGCGGCUGAAGCAGUUUAUGGAGCGGCAUGUGUACCCCGCUGAGCCAGAGCUGCAGCAUCACCAGGCCUCAGCCGAGAAGUGGACCCCUUCCCCACUGGUCGAAGAUCUCAAGGAGAAAGCCAAGGCCGAAGGACUUUGGAACCUUUUUCUACCCGUGGAGACUGAUCCCGAGAAAAAAUACGGAGCAGGGCUGACCAACGUAGAGUACACACAUUUGUGUGAGGUCAUGGGCACGUCUCUGUACGCUCCCGAGAUCUUUAACUGUUCUGCUCCAGACACAGGGAACAUGGAGCUUCUGGUGCGAUACGGCACCAAGGAGCAGAAGGCCCGCUGGCUGAUUCCGUUGCUGGAGGGAAAGGCCCGCUCCUGUUUUGCUAUGACUGAGCCCCAGGUUGCCUCCUCAGAUGCCACCAACAUUGAGUCUUCCAUCCGAGAGGAGGAUGGCUUCUAUGUCAUAAAUGGUCACAAGUGGUGGGUCUCAGGCAUCCUGGAUCCUCGCUGCCAGCUCUGCGUGUUUAUGGGAAAAACAGACCCACAUGCCCCACGCCACCAGCAGCAGUCCAUGCUCUUGGUUCCCAUGGAUACCCCGGGGAUAAAAAUCAUCCGGCCUCUGACGGUGUAUGGGCUGGAGGACGCACCAGGUGGCCAUGGCGAAGUCCUGUUUGAGCAGGUGUGCGUGCCCAAGGAGAACAUGGUCCUGGGCCCUGGCAGGGGCUUCGAGAUCGCCCAGGGCCGACUGGGUCCUGGCAGGAUCCAUCACUGCAUGCGGCUGAUCGGGUACUCCGAGAGGGCGCUGGCGCUCAUGAAGGCCCGAGCGAAGUCCCGCAUGGCCUUCGAGAAGCCCCUGGUAGAGCAGGGCACGGUCCUGGCAGACAUUGCCCAGUCCCGAGUGGAGAUCGAGCAGGCCCGGCUGCUGGUGCUGAAAGCUGCCCAUGUCAUGGACGUGGCAGGAAAUAAGGCUGCAGCUUUGGAUAUUGCCAUGAUUAAAAUGGUGGCCCCGUCCAUGGCCUACCGAGUGACUGAUCGUGCUAUUCAGGCCUUCGGAGCAGCAGGGCUGAGCAGCGACUACCCACUGGCUCAGUUCUUCACCAGGGCUCGAGCCCUGCGCUUUGCCGACGGCCCCGAUGAGGUGCACAGGGCGGCAGUGGCCAAGAUGGAGCUGAAGCGCUGCAGUUAGACCUGCAGGACUGCAGGAGCCACAUCGUCCCUGUCAGGCCUAUGGUGCCCAAAACUUUAAAUGAUGUGCUUUGAAAGACCUGUUAUGUGUGAUUCUUGCACCCUGCCUGGCAGCUCUGUCCUUCCAUCCUUAUUGUGAACUCAGCCUCGGUGGGUGCCCACAGAAGACACUUCUGUAAGAAGCCUGGAGUUGCCUGUUUCAGGCAAGGAGGCAGGGGAUUAGCUGAGAGCUGAGUGGGUUUCAGUACAUAGCCUGGAGAGCUGGUCUUCAGUUCAGGUGCUGGGAUGGGCAGCCAGGCCCCCUUCUCUCUGGCUGUGGUGCGUAAAGGCUGUGGGACUCUGCACGAAUGUUAGGAGUCCUGCUGGGGUGGUGUGCCUGUGCUUGCUCCCAAUGUGGGGCCUCCUGCUCCGCGCCUCCCCACCCCCGCUCCCAGCUGACGGCUGCAGCCUACAGACCCAGGGCGGGAGUGCUCCUGGGAAAAAGGAAUGAAACCCAAAUCAU